AUGGAUCCCCCUAAAGACGACAUCAAGGCUGAGCCAAUCUGUUACGAUGGAUCCGUCCUCGAAGGCAGCCAGUCUCAGUAUGAUACCGACGAUGCGUAUCUCAAGUCCCUCGGAAAGUCGGCCGAGUUGCAUCGCGUCUACAACUUCUGGACAUUAUGCGCCUACCAGGUCAUGAUCAGUGCGACAUGGACGUGUGUCGUCGUUUUCUACGGUGUCAUCUUCGACGUUGGUGGACCAGCCUCUCUUCUCUAUGGGUCCAUCAUCGUCGCCGUCGGUCAAACGUUACUCAUGGCCUCGCUCGCUGAAUACUGUGGAAUCUGGCCUACUGCAGGUGGUCAACAAUUCUACGUCCAGAAGUUGGCAACCGAAAAGUACCGACCCUUCCUUUCAUACUUCGUCGGUUGGUGUCUGCUACUAGCUGAGACUGCGACUGGUUCUUCCUGUGCCCUGAAUACCGCGAACAUCAUUGGUACGAUGGUGUCCAUUUUUCACCCAAAUGUUGACUGGAAGCCUUACCAAACCUUCUUGAUCUAUCUCGGAUUACUGGUCAUUCCGUUCUUGAUGAACUUGAAGCCCAGUGCACUCCCUCUAUACAGUACCGUUGGCGCCGUCUUCACUAUCCUGGGCUUCUUUGGCUGGGCUAUUACUCUCCUCGCCACAGCCCCUAAGGCCAGUGCAGAAUUCGUAUUCACUAAGUUUAUCAACAAUUCAGGAUACACCAAUAACGGAUGGGUGUUCAUUCUUAGCUUUUAUACUCCUCUAUAUGGCCUUUACGGCACGGAUAGUAUGAUGCACUUGGUUGAGGAGAUGAAGAAUGCAUCUCAGGAUGCACCAAGAGCUAUGGUUUGGUCUAUGGUCCUUUCUGGCGUUGCUACCAUCGUCACUGAUCUCAUCCUACUAUUCUGCUGCGGUAACUAUACCGAGUAUGUAACAGCACUGUCACCGUAUGUCACUUGGUUCUCGGACGUAGCGGGAAGCGAGUACGCUGGUAUCUAUGUUGCAAUAGUCUUUGGCGUUGUGAACCUGCUUGUCUGUACCGGUAUUCUUUCUUCUUGUUCUCGUCUAGGUUGGCGCAUGGCGGAGGACAGGGCAUUUCCAUGGUCCCACCGUCUCCAGAAGAUCGAUCAUAAGCUCCAGAUCCCAUUGAACUUCAUCUUUGCCAUCAUGGUGGUUGAGGUUAUCAUUGGGCUUAUCUCUCUGGGCAGUGAACUGGCAUAUAACGCUAUCGUCAGUGGUGCUGGUGUUUGUUUCGCCCUCGCCUACGCGAUACCCGUUACGGUGCAGGCUCUUGUCCGAGGCCGUUCAAUUCUUCCGCCUCGUCCUCACUUUGAUCUUGGCAGAUGGGGAUACUUUGUGAAUUAUGUUGCUGUUGCAUGGGCCAUGUUGACCAUUGUCAUAUACGUCAUGCCUCUAUAUCUACCAGUCACGGGCGAAAACAUCGGAAAUAUGAACUGGGCGUCGCUCAUUGUCGGGGCAACGUUCCUGUUUUCCGGUGUUUGGUGGGUAUUCGGAGCAAGAUUUAGAUACCUGAAGGAAGCCCCCUUUGAGGCGGAGCCAAACCCUGUAGCGAGAGAGCAGUCUAGUAGUUUUUGA